UGUACCUUUCCCAUCUCCUCCCCUUGUCUCCUCUCCACCCAUCCUCUUCCUCUCCGGCCUCUUUUGCAGUAGAAUUUACUAGCUGUUAGGGAUUUUCUGGAUUAGAUACAGUGAUGAGAAGCUUUGGCGAUGUGGCCGCUAAUCACCUGCAGGGCUAUAAGCUCCCUGCGCCACCCAGACGCGGCGGUCCAAGCAAGCUUCGGCUCCUGAAGGAAUUGAGCCUCACGCAAUGGUUGAUGUUUCUCUCUGGUUGGCUUGCAUGGACGUGCGACGCGAUCGAUUUCUUUAGCGUCAGUUUACAAGUAACCAGGCUUAGCCAACAGUUCCACAGAAAUGUACACGACAUCACCACCAGCAUCACCCUCACCCUCCUCUUCCGUUCUAUAGGGGCCGUAAUCUUUGGUCUCGCCUCUGACCGCUAUGGUCGUAAAUAUCCUCUCAUCCUCAACCUUGCUAUGAUUGCAGUGCUCCAAGUAUUGGUCUCUUUCACUCAAAACUUCCACCAGUUCUUGGUCUGCCGUUCCUUAUUCGGUUUGGCCAUGGGUGGUGUUUGGGGUAUGGCUAGUGCUACAGCAUUGGAGAACUUGCCGGUCGAGUUGAGAGGUGUAGCAAGUGGCGUUGUGCAGCAGGGAUAUGCACUCGGAUACUUGGUUGCGGCCGUGUUUAGCCUUACCGUCGUUCCCCACAACAAACACGGCUGGAGAAGUCUCUUCUGGUGCGCAUGCGGUUUCACCACCACCGCAAUCCUGCUCCGCCUCUCUUUACCCGAAUCCGAACUCUUCCUCCGCAACCGACGUGAGAAGAAAGAAAAGGAAUUAUUAGCCAAGGAUCUCCGAGACCAAACGGGGAAUGGGGCAGCGCCAGUGCAAAAGAGUGCUACACAAGUAUUCAUCCAGGAAAUUGGAGAAAUGUUCAAACGCCACUGGGCGUUGUGUAUCUACGCGGUGCUUUUGAUGAGCGGAUUCAAUUUCUUGAGUCACGGAUCUCAGGAUUUGUAUCCUACCUACUUGAAGGAGAGUAAAGGGUUUGAUAACUAUCACUCUACCGUAGCCACUAUCAUCGGAAGCUUGGGCGCUAUUUGUGGAGGAGUAACUGCUGGUUACAUCUCCCAGUACCUCGGUCGUCGCCUUACCAUCAUCGUCUACAUCCUCUCUAUCGGAUGCUUUAUUCCUCUGUGGAUUAUCCCCAAUUCGUUCGGUAAACUCGCAGCCGGUGCUUUUUGCGUACAGUUUGGCGUCCAGGGAGCUUGGGGUGUUAUUCCAAUCCAGUUAGCGGAGUUGAGCCCUGCGGGAUUCCGUGCUACGUUCCCUGGCUUGAUGUAUCAAUUGGGUAACAUGAUCUCAUCGUCUGCCGCUCAGAUCGAAGCCAUUGGGGGGGAAAAUCUCCGCACGACACUUAACGGAAAGAAUGUUCCUGAUUACGCCAAAGUUCAAGGCAUCCUCCUCGGAACCGUUGCCGUCUUCACAAUUCUUGUUACAUUCCUUGGUCCAGAGAAUCAUUCAUCUCACUUUGGGGAUGAUGUGCCUGCCCUUGAGCGAGGCAGGGGAAAAGGCGACAUAGUUGUUAGUUGCUCUCCUGAUAGUCCUGGGGGUGCAGAGGAAGAGAAGAAGAGUAUUGGGCAGUCGAGAUGUUUGAGCGUGUUUGAGUGAGCAAGUCUUUGUUAAUGUGCCCCACUUGUGAGAGAACUAGCGUAGGAUUAGCGCUCAGUUCACGAAAGUAGAACU